CGCUGCCCCGGCCCGGGCAGGCUCCGGCCGCCUCCGCAGGUGGCUCUUAGUCCGGUGUAAAGCUGAUGGGUGGGAGCAAAGGUAAAGAAUGAUGUAAUGCAGCGGCAGCCAGAAAGCAUCUUUUGUUUGAAUUGUGAAAUGGCUACUCCAUAGUCAUCUCCCAAUGAAUCAGAUGUGAGGGGCUGCUUUGUGGAAUGAACCCUUUGUAACGGCACAUCAACUGGAAGCAGGAGGAGACAUUCAGUUGAAGAGCUCUUUCUGAAAAUGGGUUUAACUUUUCUUUUGCCAGUCACUACCAGCAUGACCUCAUACACUUCUAGUACAAUGGUGUGGCUAAGCCUUUGAGUACACAGCCAUUACAUCAUCGCAGCAAAUUAGAGAGGGAGGUGGUGAAAGAGGCCUUAUUGUUGUCAUGGCCGAUGAGAUGAUCAGGACUCAACUCAUUGUCGCCGAGAAGUUGGUGGCUUUGCUGGAGAGUGGUACAGAAAAAUUGCUGCUGAUUGAUAGCCGACCCUUUGUGGAAUACAAUACGUCCCACAUCUUGGAUGCCAUCAACAUCAACUGCUCCAAGCUUAUGAAGCGGAGGCUGCAGCAGGACAAAGUUUUGAUUACAGAGCUCAUUCAACAUUCAGCAAAACACAAGAUUGAAAUUGAUUGCAAGCAGGAAGUGGUGGUGUAUGACCAAAGCUCUAAAGAUGUGACCUCUCUCUCAUCUGACUGCUUUCUUACUGUGCUCCUGGGCAAACUGGAGAAGAAUUUCAGCUCUGUGUAUCUGCUUUCAGGUGGAUUUGCUGAGUUCUCCAGCUCUUUCCCCGGUCUCUGUGAAGGAAAAUCCACGCUCAUCCCUACUUGUAUUUCUCAACCCUGCCUGCCUGUCUCCAACAUUGGCCCAACCAGAAUCCUGCCUCAUCUCUAUCUUGGGUGUCAGCGGGAUGUCCUCAACAAGGAGCUGAUGCAGCAGAAUGAUAUUGGCUACGUACUGAACGCCAGCAAUACUUGUCCAAAGCCUGAUUUUAUUCCAGAAUCCCAUUUCCUGAGAGUGCCUGUGAACGACAGCUUUUGUGAGAAAAUUUUGCCUUGGUUGGAUAAAUCAGUUGAUUUUAUAGAAAAAGCAAAAGCAUCAAAUGGCCGUGUGUUAGUGCACUGUUUAGCUGGAAUAUCUCGCUCUGCCACAAUCGCUAUUGCAUAUAUCAUGAAGAGAAUGGAUAUGUCCUUAGAUGAAGCUUACAGAUUUGUGAAAGAAAAAAGGCCAACCAUUUCUCCCAACUUCAACUUUCUGGGCCAGCUUUUGGACUUUGAGAAAAAGAUCAAGAACCAGAGCGGUCAGCCUGGACAUAUUAGUAAGCUGAAACUUCUGCAUUUGGAAAAAAGCAGUGAGCACGUGCUGGUCCCAGAAGGUGGGCAGAGCAGCCUCUCCACUAACCAGCUCUGCAUUACCACUACCUCCGAGAUCGUGGAACAGAAGCUGACGGACUGCAGCAGUGCACCACGUGGGCACUCUUCCCCUCUGGAAGACGGCCCACUGGUACAGGGCAUAAACGGACUGCACGUUUCCCUCGAUAAGGUGGAAGACAGCAACCGGCUGAAGCGCUCCUUUUCUUUGGAUAUCAAAUCUGUAUCCUACUCAGCAAGUAGCAACUGUGUGACUGCAUCGGUUCAGGGCUUUGCCUCCUCCGAAGACACCCUGGAAUACUACAAACAUGCGACUGCUUUAGAGGGCAGCAGCAAGUUGUGUCAGUUCUCCCCUGUCCAGGAGGUCUCGGAGCAGACCCCAGAAACCAGCCCUGACAAAGAGGAAGCGAACCCUCCCAAGAAACCCCAGAACACUUGGCAGCUGGAUAGCCAGAGCAAACGGCAACACCUGGGGAGAGCCAGCGGCAGUGCCACCACUCAGCGGUCACUCCUGUACCCCCUCCACCGGAGCGGGAGCAUGGAAGACAACUACCGAACGAACUUCUUGUUUGGUCUCUCCACCAGCCAGCAGCAUUUGGCGAAGUCUGCUGCUGGGCUGGGCCUCAAAGGCUGGCACUCGGACAUCUUGGCUCCUCAGACGUCGGCUACGUCCCUUACCAACAGCUGGUACUUUGCAACUGAGUCCUCGCAUUUCUACUCUGCCUCCGCCAUCUAUGGGAACAGCGCUGCUUACUCUGCCUACAGCUGUAGUCAGCUGCCCACGGGCUGUGACCAAGCCUGUGCUGUGCGCAGGAGGGCAAAGCAGGGUGAUCGAGGUGACUCCAGGCGGAGCUGGCAUGAGGAGAGCUCUUUUGAAAAGCAGUUUAAGCGCAGAAGCUGCCAGAUGGAGUUUGGGGAGAGCAUCAUGUCAGACAACAGAUCCAGAGAAGAACUGGGGAAAGUAGGCAGUCAGUCGAGCUUUUCAGGCAGCAUGGAAAUCAUUGAAGUGUCUUGAGGGGCAGCAGGCUUGUGUGACUGUAUCGGAGUUGCUUCCCCCUCCAGGCCGCUCCCCCAGCGUUUGAGAGGUCCCUGUAAAUCUGAAAAGAACAAACUUUGUGCAAAAAGGUGGGGGGAGAGGGGAGAAAUGCGAGGCUUCAGUGUGAACGCAGUGACUAGAUUAGUACGGCAAAGAAAUGACAAGUGAGCAUCUGCCUGAGGAGACCAAGUGUACUGCUGGGUUUUUCUCCUCCCCUUUCCUGGAGAAGGGCCGAACAUUUCAAAGAUCUUUCCCUGACAGAGGAAGCAAUUAUAUGCAAUGGAUUGCACAUCCUUUCAGUGGUUUUUAAAAGGAAGCUCUCUUGGUAUCAAACCCUUUCUCUGGUUCCACUGAAACACGCUCCUACCCAUCAAAGCUAGUUUUGUUCUCCCCUCCUCAUGCCCCACAUCCUCACCAGUGCACCUUAGCCCUGACACUGAGCCAACCUCUGGAGGGAGACCUUUUUCCCAUAAGAAAGGAGACCGGGAGCGAUUCCAAAGGACGUAGGGACUGAUUUUACAGCAAGGCUGGUCUGAACACACAGUUCAGACAAAUGUAAAUACUGGUGUAACUAUUGUUCUAAUGGAUAGGCUUUAGGUGAUUCGUUAGAGAGCUGCUUCAGAGAAAAAAAACCCAGUACCUCAAAAAUAUAAAAAAUAAACUAGGGCUUUAUGGCUGCCAGAUGCUGGUAGUCAGUUCAUAAGCAAUGUGAACAAGUAACGACUAGCCACAUUUGAUUUUUUUUUUUUUAAAGCUGUCUACGCACAAGUGUUUCAGUUGGCUCAGCAGCAAUUCUUAAAAAAGACAAAUGAACCAUACUUCUGACUGUUUCCCCCUCUUUUGAAACAUAAAAUGAGCAGUAUUUGUAUUUUUGAUAUUAAGCUGGCUUCUGGGAGAGGGGUAGCUGCUUUGGCUUCUAAGGUAUAAGGGAGUGGUUAAUACUGAGGGUUACGUGCAAGAGAAGUGGCUGGUACAAUACUGCAACAUCCUUUUCUUGCCAAGUGACAGCUCUUGAAGGUGCUUUUUUAGCUUUUAAAAAAAAAAAAAAAUGAGGUGGGAUGGGCUUUUGUCCUUAACUGAGCAGUACCAUUAAGGAACUGCUCUUCAUAUGUGGUUCCAGUCAUGCGUGGGGUGGGGGCAAUUCAGGUGGUUAUUUUUUUCCAUCCCAACAUCCUCACCCAAACUGUGGGGACUUGGAGAUAGAAGCUUCUCAUUAGUUUUCCUGACUUCAUCUGAGAAAGAGAAGUCUGGCUGGCUGUCCAAGGAAAACAGAAGGGGAUGACCUCCAGCAUCCCAUCUUAUAGUGUGGUGUGAAAGAAAGGGAGUUUAAGAGACAGCUUUAAUGGGAAGCCUGCUCACCUCCUGUACUCGCGGCUCCAAAGAAACCUGAUCCUGGCUGUUGUCCGCUGUCCCCGCGCGGGGUCUUGGUUUCCCAGCGUGCCGAUGCGUGAUUUGGCUGCAGACACUUGUAGCCGUGCUGCUGCUGGCCAGUACCACGUCCUCACCCUCACCACCCCAGGGGAACACGCCAGCUCAAGGAGGUGUCACUUCUCUGCUGCCAGCGGGAGCGUUUCAUGGGAGAUUAGGCACAGCCCUUCUUGUGUUGUUUUUGACAGUGAACCAGCUGCUUCCCCUCCAGCUCACCAUUCAUGCAGCAGUACCUUGGCUGCUGCUGCUCAAAUGGUUUUAUGUGCGCACGUUGCUGCAAGAGGUUUACAGUCAGUGAGGGGCAGUACCAGAGGCACAGCGUAAAGCUUCAUCCUUCCUGCUCCGAUGGGAGCUGCACAUGUGUUAUCUCGGUCUUCCCCAGCACCCCUCAGAACAUGUGUAUUUGGGGGGAACUAUAUUGUUUUGUCCCAUUUCAGUGCAGGCAGCUGAAAAUUGUAAAUCACAUGUAACAAAUACUUACCCCUGGCCAACAGCUUUAAAAAAAUUUGUCAGCAGCAAACUGAAGCCCUAAUUCAAGUCAGCAGCUUGGGUUAUGUUUGGUUUUUUUUACUGUAAGUUUAGCUAGUUUGUGACUCAAAUCUCAGGUUUUACUAUAUUGAAAAGUGGAGAAGAUUUUUGUCAUUGUUUUGUUUUGUGGCUAGGAUGUGACUUUAAUUUCCUACAGCAGACUGUUGAAAAUAGCACUGAAAGCUACAGCAUUGACUAACUUGAUCCUAAAAAGUGCAAAAGGCAGAGAGAGGCAGCACCAGGAGUAACCGAACCCAGAGGCUGUGUUCGUGCUGUGUGUAUGAGAUGCUGGAAGAAGGGGUAGUCCGGGCAAGGGAUAGGUUGACACCACACUGGAAAGCAUGUCAGGUCUUGGCUAUUCAUUAAACAUACUGCCACUUGUCUCUGUUUACAUAUCAAGUGAAAGCAAUUACAUUGCAACUAUUUUCAGCAUGUAUACACACCCUGUGUAUGUACCUAUGUAAAUGGUUUAGCAGUGCUCCUCUCAGCUAGGUUUCAGUAAAAGCCUGUGUCUUUGAUUUAAAUCAGUUAAUGGGGGUUAACACAAAUCAAUCCCUAGAGGCAGAAACAGAAUCUUCCUGUCUUCUGUGCUCCCUCACAUGUGUGUGUUCUCCCCUUCUCUCUAUAUAUACAAAUAUGUACGUUUGGGUUUUGUUUGGUUAAUCACCUUCUGAGGAACUGAAAUCUGGUCUUCUGGCUCCUCAUGAUUUCCAGUACACUAUAGUCACUGAAUGAAUCAAAGCUGUAGGCUCACUAUUUUUAGGGGACGGGUUCCUGUAGGAGGAAGCCUUAACCCCAUUGUCCUGCACAGGGUAGUGCCCUGUCUCCUAUCUGAACUAGUGUCCUGUACCUGAACAAUGCUGGAAAUGGUUUGUAGAAGUUUGGAAAGCAAAGUGGAGGAUGCGAGGGGGGAAAUGUGUACAUGUUGAAUAUGAAUAUAAUGUUCUUUGGUGUAUGGCAAGCUGUUUAAAUGGUUCAGAGAGAUGUGAGUUUCUCAUCUUGUUGUGUCAUGAGCAUUACCUGUAUGUUAUGAUGAAAUAAAAUCAGAAAUGGUACCUGUUUAUAUAGAA